CCAACUCACAUGUCCUUGGGAAACGGCAGUAGUAUCAUCACCAGCUCAAUUCCGGGACUAAUAACCCAGACAGCCAAUGGAAACAGUAAAGCUCAAGGAAAUGGCUCUAAAGGCCAGAAUGUCCAGAAUCAGGCCCAGAAUGCCACAGCAGCUAUAGCAUCCAUGGUCGCUAAGCAACCCACAAUUGGAGUAUUUUCAAACCAGGGGAAUCCAGGUCUUGGAAGCAACUUUGUUCCACAGUGUACAGUGAGCACACACCAGGGUGGCCUGCGGUUGAACCAGACUCAGAUGGUGAACAGUGCUGGCCAGAUCAUCACCUCCCAGCCCAUGCAGAGCAUUCUCACCAACCAGGCAAUCAUGCAGGCCAUGGCCAGCCUUCAGAUGCAGCAGGGGAUACCUAUCGCUACCGCAGCUGGACAUCAGCAGAUUCUCAAUGCCAACCAGUCACAGAUGCCUGUGAACUAUACACCACUGAUCAAUCUAAUCCUUUGUUUGUAUGUGUGCCUCCAACCACAGACAAUAUUUGCUGGACAGAAUUUCUUGAUUCGGGCCCAAGGUCCCCUCUCGACACAGCCCAUCACAAUGACCAGCAUGCAAGCAGCAUUUGCAGGGAUCAAACCUCAGCAGCCACAACAGCAACAGCAACAAAUGGGCAAGGUAAGAGACAGCAUUACCAAUGUUUCUGGAAAAGUGAUGCUGCCAUCUGUACCCCGGACUCCAGUGACAGCGAAGAUUCAGCCCAGCAUCUCACAGCCAGCCAAACUCUGCAUCCCUGCUGUCCCCAAGACCACAAAGCCCCGGCCAAAAGCCGUGCCCAAAACUGCAACCUCCUCUGCCACCGCACCAUCACCUUCCAGCUCUGCUGCCGUGAGGUCUAUUGCGGCAGUUGCAGCCAACACCACUUCCACAACUGCUGUUGUCACAUCACUUCCCGUGACGACAACCAUGGUCUCCAUUGCCACUGCCUUACCAGUUCAAGUGCCGGGAAGUGAACUGGCCCCUCCGCUUCUAACCAGAGUGCCUGCACUUCCUGUGGCCGAGGUCGUCACGCAGACUGUGCAGACCAAAAGUCCAUCAGACGCUGAGAUUAAAGCCACCGUGGCUUCAUCAUCGUCAUCAUCAGUAUCAUCUGCGGUCCCAUCACUGAUUGCCGCCAGCAGCAAUGACAGCUCAACACUUCCCAAGCUAAGCCCGGCCCUACUGGGCAGCAAAAUGACAAUUGAUGAUAUAGUCCUGGAAGAGAAGCCAGUCAUCUCACAAGUGGUCAAGUCGUCAAACAGCAUUAGUGCCGCCAUGGAGGCGGCAGGGUUGGUGACACUGGUGAAGGAGACAAAGCCCGUGACUCUCAUCGAACCAUCUCCGAUUGCUCAGCCCCCUCCGGUGGUGGAGAAGCAGCGAGCCAUUGUCAAGCCUCAAAUUCUCACUCAUAUAAUUGAAGGGUUUGUGAUUCAGGAAGGACUUGAACCAUUUCCUGUUCAGCAGUCCUCCCUGCUUCAAGAGUUCAUCCCUCCCAAAGCCAGCCUGCAGAUUGUCAAGGAGUCAGAAGAAGAGGGAACCAGCUGUGACGAUGAGCCACCUACUUUGCUCAGUCAGGUGGAUGAUGAACACAAACACUCAAGCAAGCUUUUAAAAUGUGAGCUCUGCCAGAAGGUGGCGCCAGCUUCCACGUUUAACAACUCGCUGAGAUUUUGCUCGGUGUCCUGCUCCAGAAGGCAUAAUGUGAGUCACUCUCGUCGAGCUGGCUUGUUUAAAUCCAGAGGUACAACACGUAAGAGGAAGCACAUUCUCGGACGCAAGAACUGGCGUGUCAGUAAAGGUGGCAGGUUGACCUAUGCAAAGACGUCUGGUGAUAACAAUAGCAAUGAUGACAAUAAUGAGGACAGUAACACAGCUCCGGUUGGUGACGAAAUGAGCAGCUCUAACAGCACACGGGAAACAAGUUCCUCGGCUGACUCACCUCCAAGGUCGCAGGAGUAUGACAUGGACGUGGAUGGAAACAUACCCAGAACUGACCCUGGCAAAUGGACGGUGACGGAAGUCUACGAUUUCAUCCAGUCAAUGCCCGGAUGCAGAGAGUACGCAGAAGAGUUCCGCUCCCAGGAAAUUGAUGGUCAAGCCCUGCUGCUGCUGAAAGAAGAUCACCUGAUGACCGCCAUGAACAUCAAACUGGGCCCCGCCCUGAAAAUAUGCUCCAAGAUCAACUCGCUGAAAAAUGACAAUGCUCCCUCAUGA